CUGAGCGGUAGCAGACGGAGCGCACCUCGCAGCAGCCGGACGCACCCUGUGGACCGCUGCGUCGGGGAGAGCUGCUGCUGAGAGGCUGUUCUUUCCUGCUCUGGGCUCCAGACCCCGCACUCCCUGCUCCCUUCAGCUGUCCGCUGCGGUUCCCAGAGCACCGCAGCCAUGGGCAUCCGAGGCUUGCUGCGAGCUGCCGUGCUCCUGCUGCUCAUCAGGACUUGGCUCGCAGACAGCAACGACCCCAGUCCUACCCCGAAAUUCCACUUCGAGCCAUCCUCCAGCAUGCCCGAAGUCAUCCUGGAUCUCUUCAACUGCAAAAAUUGUGCAAAUGAAGCUGUGGUUCAUAAGAUUUUGGACAGGGUGCUGUCAACAUAUGAUGUCCGACUGAGACCAAAUUUUGGAGGUGCCCCUGUGCCCGUGUCCGUAUCUAUCUAUGUCUCCAGUAUUGAACAGAUCUCAGAAAUAAAUAUGGACUACACAAUCACUAUGUUUUUGCAUCAGACCUGGAAGGACAAGCGCUUAGCAUACUAUGAGACCAACCAGAACCUGACUCUGGACUAUCGUAUGCACGAGAAGCUGUGGGUCCCUGACUGCUACUUUGUGAAUAGCAAAAAUACCUUUGUACAUGAUGUGACUGUGGAGAAUCGUGUGUUUCAGCUCCACCCAGAUGGGACAGUGCGAUAUGGCAUCCGACUCACCACAACAGCAGCCUGUUCCCUGGAUCUGCGAAAAUUCCCUUUGGACAAGCAAGCCUGCAAACUGGAGGUGGAGAGCUAUGGCUAUACUAUGGAAGACAUUGUAUUAUCCUGGGAAGAUGAGAAUGCCAUCCACAUUACUGAUGAGCUGCACAUCCCUCAGUUCACCUACCUGGGGAGGACAAUUACUAGCAAGGAGGUGUAUUUCUACACAGGCUCCUACAUGCGCCUGAUAGUGAAGUUCGAAGUUCAGAGGGAAGUCCGCAGUUACCUUGUGCAGGUCUAUUGGCCCACGGUCCUCACCACCAUUCUCUCCUGGAUAUCAUUUUGGAUGAACUAUGAUUCCUCUGCAGCCAGGGUGACAAUUGGCUUAUCUUCUAUUCUUGUCCUGACUACCAUCGACUCACAUAUGCGGGAUAAACUCCCCCAUAUUUCCUGUAUCAAAGCCAUUGACAUCUACAUCCUUGUGUGCCUGUUCUUCGUGUUCCUGUCCCUGCUGGAGUAUGUCUACAUCAACUACCUUUUCUUCAGCCGAGGACCUCGACGCAAUCGCAGGAGAUACAAGAAACCCAGGAGGGUUGUUGCCCGAUACCGCUACCAAGAAGUGGUGGUGGAAAACGUGCAGGAUGGCCUGAUUAAUGUGGAAGACAGAGUGGAGGACAGAGCUGCUCCCCUUCCUGACAGCCCCAUGCAGGCUCAUCUGGCAAGUCAGGAAAGUCUUGGAUCCUUGGUGUUUACCUCAGAGCAGGCCCAACUGGCUACCUCGGAAAGCCUCAGCCCACUGUCUUGUACCUCAAUCCAGGCGCAACUGGCCACUGGAGAAAGCCUGAGUGAUCUGCCCUCCACCUCUCAGCAAACACUGAAUGACUGUACCAUCCACUUGCAUGGCUUCCUCACUAAUGACAGCAUUGUCCCCAUCGAAAUCUGCAACCAUUCUGAGGCCUGUGAUGAUGAAGACUCUGAAGAGAGCCUAAGCUCUGAUGAAAGCCAUGGCCAUGACAGCAGCCCCAGUGGAAGGUUCAUGUUCCCCAGUGGCCAGAGGUGUGUGCAAGAAGCAAGUUGGGACCUUGAUAAGAUUGAGAGCUUACAGGAUGACAUCAGUAUCAAGAGCAGCUGGCUUGGCCUUGAUGAACCACGCAAGGUGGAAGCUGACAGUACCUGGAGCCUUACUGAUGAGGAGCUCAUGGCCUGUGACCGAGAGAAGGAUCAUAGCUCAGAGUCUGAGGAGAAUUGUCCCCCAAGCCCUGGGUGCUCCUUCAGUGAAGGGUUCUCUUUCCAGAUCUUUAAGCCUGACCGGGUCCCGAAGGUUGAUAGGUGGUCCCGUUUCCUCUUCCCUCUUUCCUUUGGGUUGUUCAAUGUGGUUUACUGGUUGUACCACAUCUAUUAGUUUCCUAUACCCCCACAGCAGCAAAGAUACUAUCAUGUGUUUCCUUCAUAGUUCCUUCAGUUUUGUUUUUCCCGCUUCCCAUUGUUCAUUUUACCUGGCAGUUGUUAGGGCAAUCAAACCUGUUGGGCCCUUUUCUUUAUUAUGAGGUGGAGAGAAAAUGGAGAGAACAUGUAGCCAGAGGGUAAGGGAUUGAGGAAGACUUGAAGAUAAAUUGCACAUUGAUUUCCUCCUGCCAGAAGACUACUACCUUUCAAACACUUUGAACAGUCCAUCAGCCUAGAAAUGCCUUUGAAAAUGUUUAGAGGACAGAGAAGAGCCAGGCUGAGGAAUGAGGAGAAUCUGAGCCUAGUUCACAAACAUUCCUGGGAGCUUUCUUUUCAGUCCCCUCAAGGUGUUGACAUUGCUUUGGCAUCGCUUUUUUUCUUCCUAUGGGCAUCAGGCACCUUGUCUGCCUGCUAAAAGGGGCUUUGGGAGAUGUCAAGCCAAGUUGGCCUGGGGUACGCAGAGGAGGGGCUAGGCAUAGCUUGGAUAUGCUGACAAAAGGAAAGUUGGAAAACAUUUGUAAGUGCCUUGUACUUUGAGUGUGGAAUUGUGGUACAGGAGUGGGAAGGGCAGGUGGGAGGAACUGCAAAGAGACAUAGCAGGGGAAGGGAGAAUGCAUGCUUCUAGCCAGAGUAGGUAGGACAAGGGGGCGGUGCCAGACUGGAGUUUGUAUGUGUUCAGAUGCUCCCUUUAAAGUUAUUAGACCUUCUCAUGCCUAUAUUUCUACUUUGCAUUGCCUGACAGUAGGGACUCGGUACUUCUGUUCAGGUAGGAGUUAGCUUUCUAUUGAUGCUGAGUUGAUUACUAGUUACAGUCAAAGCACUUGGUGAGUAAGCACUAGUUGAGAAAGUUCAGACUUGAUAUUUCACCACUGGCCUAGGAUAGCAUAUGGACAACUAUUAUGAAUCUAUAUACUAAUCCUUUUUGUUUGUCUAGUGCAUAAUAAGUGUCAACGAGCUCCCUGAGCCAUCACAUCGUUGGAUCCUCACAGGAGCCCUGUAAGCCAGGGAAGACAAAGCACCUUGUCCCCAGUGUUCCAAGGACAAAGUAGAGCUUUUGUGCCAUGCUUAUGGAUGCUUGUUCUUUCUCCUUCUCUGCCUAACUCACAGCUGAUGCACUCCCCUACUGCCCCUUCCCUUUGCUCAAAGGGAUACCCUACAGAACUGCCUGCCAGGCUGCCAAGCUCACUGAACAGCACCUAGAGUGUCUUUGUAGGAAGAGGCUACUGAGCAGCCACUGAACAUGGACUGAACGGCCCCGCCUACUCAACAGGGCUCCUGAUGAGAGUAGGAUGAACCUGCACACCGAUCUGCCAAGAAGUACCAGCUCAUUGAUGGAGGUCAUGAGGGGGCUUUGCCAAGCACUCAAUCUGUUCCCCCCUUCCUCUAUAGGCAGCCUCUCCUUCCACCCUAUACCCCACUGCCCACCCACCUCCUUAACUGUACUUCUGUUUUUAUACAUUUCUGUGUAUCCCUGGAGAUGAGUGUGCAUGCAUCCAAGUAGGUCUAGUGCCAUAUAGCCAUUUGAGAAGAUGAAUAGCACUACAGUAGUGUAAAUAUAUGUUAGUAUGUAUGAAUGUAUAUCUGCACUGUGUGGGUGAAUAAUUUAUGUGUAUGUAUCUCUAUGAGAGUGUCAGUUUGUACAUAUGUACUUACAUUAGCACAGGUGAAUGCAUGAUAUGUACAUUUCUAGAAAGUGUAUGUCUGUAUACCUGUGUUUAGUUGGUGUAAAAGAACAUAUAUCAAAAAUCACAUAUAUUCCUUGUUGGAAGUUCUUGUAGAAACAUCAGGACUCUAGUGACCUGUUUUGACCCAGUAGGGAGAGUCUUGUUUAGCUGAACUAACAGUUUCCUUCCAGUUCUAGGGUCUAUUGGUUUCCAUCAACUCCUCACUCAUCCUCCACCCAUCUCUGCUGUGUCCUGUGCUGAAGACCCAGAGCAAGUGAACAUAGUCCUAAGAGGUAAUAUUAGUGCCUUGGAGCUAGAGAAUAAUUGGUCCGUGGAAUAAACUGAGAGCGCUGCGCAUUUAGCUUGGUGCUGCAAGGUGUCAAAAGAUGAACUGGGAAUAGAAAUAAGGUGUAGACAAUGGGGUAGGGGUUCAGAAAAUUGGAGAAAAGGAUUUUCCUUUCUCUUCUGCACACAUAGAUGCAGUUCCAGACUCAUGCGUACACGCCCAGCCACACACAUCAUCACACAUGCAUACAUCAGAAGCACCCACGCUUCUAGUUAAAUUUGCAGGCAUAGCCAGACACACACACCCACAAAUAGACAUGCACACACUCACACAUACUUUAAGACAACUCAAAACAAGGAAGUUACUACCAAAAUGAUUCCCUUUUUUAUUUUGGGAACUCAGCACAAAGAGGACCAGAUUAAAGAGAGAGCAGAGCGCUCUCAUCCAGAAUCUGAGCAUUCAUUGGCUGUGUUCUUGAAUUUGGAGCCCUAUAAUCUUGAAGUGUUGGACACAUCAUUGGAGCAAAGUUACAAAGAGGAAUUGGAGUAGCAGGAACAAAGGGGCAGCAGAGGAAGAGCAGAGAGGCCACUUGUAAAUAUUCAUAUAGCUAGCUAUUUUAUACCCUAAAAAGACUAUUUUGCCCUAAUGUGCUGCAAUGAAAGCAGUUAAACUCUACUGCAAUUAAUAUUCUGUGAGUUUAAGUGUCCAAGUGUUGUGGAGAUUUGGCAAUGACAACUUUUUAGGAACUUGAAUCUUCUGGUUUUCCCACGUCUGUGGUCUGUCUUACUUGAAAGUUGCCAGAUCUCCCCUUCUGUUCUGUGUGUGGUGUGUCGUCUAUUGUCAAGCCUGAUUCCAGCUGCCCCCAGUUCCCUUUCAGCCAUGCAGGCAUACCUCUCCAUCUGGCUGCCUAUAUAUCCUUCCCAGUGUCCCCCAACUCCAAGUGGUUGUGGAAGUACAGAGCAUCUGAAUAGUUCUCCUGGGGUUCAGCCAGUCCAAGGGCAUGGACAGAAAGAGGAGCCUUACUGAAUCUGGGAUAGAACAACCCACUUUACUACUCUCCUGUCUUGCCCUCCCCCUACCUUUUCCCUAGAAUCCCUAAUUGAGCAGGACACCAGCUGUCUGUCUUUCCAAAGAGUCAUUUUGUCAAAGAAAUGUGUGAUGUGUUUCCUGUCCAGUUUGAUUUGCACUGUAGGGUAUCUGCAGAGAGAACAACAAUCUGUUGGGUCUUAGUGAAGUUCAUGCAAUGUAUUCUUAGAAUUUGUAUCAUCCUCAUUAAUAGCAAGGCUGCAAACUCUUGGCAUACUCAGAAGCAAGUUUUGCUGAGAUUGUGACCAUUCCUAAUGAGGGUUCCUUACUCUGUAUAUACAGUAGCUACACCUUCAAGCUAUUAACUACUGAAUGCAUUCACUAAGCACUCCAUCUGCAUGAUACCCUGUGGUAGUAAGCAGAACUUUCUAGCUACUCCACAACCCAGCAUCCAAAGUAAUUGUAACUUGUCCUAUCAAAAGUGCAGUGUGUUCGUGUUUGUUGUACAAUAUGGUGUGAUUAAUAUGAAAUCUAUAUCACUCUUGGGCCUUCAAGAGAGAGAAGAAGGAUGUUAAAGUAUCUCUCUGAUAUACUUACAUUAUAAAAUAUGCCAACUGGUCAGAACUGUGUCAGAAUUCGCACCCACAAUCAUGCCAGACAGUAUCCCUGGGAUCAGAAUUUAUCAGCAAAGGUAAAGGCACCAAAUUUGCACAGUACUGUAGUAGAUGUCUUUAGAUAAUACCAGAAAAUUUUUCCCAUGGCAACUAAGUCAGUUACAUUCUGGAAGCAUAUAAAUUAUGGUAAAGUCACAUACAUACAGAUCUUCAGCAGUGGUAUUGGAGCAAGACAAUGAAAAGCCAGAAGAGAGAAUGACCAAUAGGUUGGUGACCUGAGUGGUCUAACCUGCAAGGGUCACAGAAUAGCAGAGCUUCACUAGAUAACUGGGUGCCCAUGGUGAGUUCAUUCAUUGACAUUCUUGUGAGAAAAAGACCUUGACCAGUACUAACUUCAAGAAAGUGAAACAUGAAGAAGCAUAAAACUAUGCUUCUGAAAAAUAUACAGAAAUACAAACAUGUAAAUAGCAAAAAGCAAAAUA